AUGGCGAAACUUAAUCAUCAAGAAGUAGCCGAGCAGGUUUUACAGAUGUUUACAAAAUCACUUCAGGAUCAUACUAGCUUAAAAAGCAUACUUUCUGAGUUUUGUAUUUUAGAAUAUUUUGGAAUGUUUUUUUCUGGAAAAGAUAAAGUUGUAUCACAUUUAAUGGCAAAUUUGCUUGGAUCCAACUAUGAAUUAUCAUCUCUGAGAUCCAAUAACUCAUCAUGCAGUCAUUUUCAAGAGUGCAGUUCGAACAAAAAAUUAGGUGAAGAUGUAGAAUUUAACUUACCAGUAUCGCCUCAAACCAUUCAGCCUUUAUUCCCUGAAAACAUUAGGCAUUUGACAGCUUUUGGAACCAUCAGAUAUCCCAGAAGAUCAGUUCCAACGAAGGAUCCUAAAAAAAUAAAACAUCAGAGUUUAUUAAGGUUAAGAGAUCGUUUUUGUCAAUUGUAUUUGGGAUUUGAAUGUGAUGAACAUGUAAUUGGUGUAACAAACUGUAAAAUUUGGACAAUUAGGUACAGUGUAAGUAGUCAAGUAGCUCCGAGAAACUUAUUAAAAUCAUUCAAUGAAUAUUUAGUAAGCACACAUUUAUGA